GGCGGCGAGCGCGCGGCCCGGGCUGCGGGAGCGGAAGACCGCGGCGGCGGCGGCUGGAAAAGCCCAGGGGACACCGCCCCUGUCCGCGCUCUGCUUCAGGCCAUCGCUGCUCCCCAGGGGCCCGGACGGACCUCGGCGAAGUGUCACAAUGUCAGACCGAAAGGCAGUGAUCAAGAACGCAGACAUGUCCGAGGACAUGCAACAGGAUGCCGUUGACUGCGCCACGCAGGCCAUGGAGAAGUACAACAUAGAGAAGGACAUUGCUGCCUAUAUCAAGAAGGAAUUUGACAAGAAAUAUAAUCCUACCUGGCACUGUAUUGUGGGCCGAAAUUUUGGCAGCUACGUCACACAUGAGACAAAGCACUUCAUCUAUUUUUACUUGGGUCAAGUUGCAAUCCUCCUCUUCAAGUCCGGCUAGGUGGCUGUGGUGAAGGUGUCAGUGGCGGCGGCAGCGAUGGCAAGCAGGCGGCGUUGCUGGGACUGUUUUUGCACUGGGGCCAGCAUCAGGAUGUCCUCUCCAAUGGCUGUGCUACUGCAUGGACUGUAUACUCGAUUUCAUGUGUAUGUCGCAGUAAACAAAACCAAACUUCUUUCUGUUUAGUUGCCUGGGGAAGAAGGCUGCUUUAUGUUCAUUUCUCAAGACUUUAAAAAAAAAUUUUUUUUUUUUUUUGUUGUGUUGCACUAGGAAAUCUCUCCCUGCCUCCCUUUUCUCUCUCUCUCCCUACACAAAAUAAAAAGCCCUUAACAAAGCCCGAAAGACUAGGAGGACUAAGGAAAGGAACUAGGUCUCUGGAGGUGGAACUAAAACUGUGCACUGCCUCUUCUGGUGGCGGCGGCUGCUUUGGAGGCCGGGGAGUCUGCGGGGGGACAGUGCUAGGACUGGCGAGGAGAGGGACCGGAGCGGGUGGGGAGUGCUCUAGUACCAGGGAGAAUAGUCCACUGAACUGUGAUUCUACAGCUUGGGGCAGAGGGUGGGGAAGGGUGGGGGUUGGACUCUUUAAGGGGCCCCGAGAUGUGUUUGUGGCGUGUGGGAGUGGGGAGCAGACUUGUCUUGCUGUCUGUCAGAAUUUCUAAGUAAGGGCUGUGUGUCUUUGUGGAUUAUCUGUAAUUCUUCCUGCCAGAGAUCAUGCUAGGAACUUGCUGGGGGUCUGAUUAGCUCGGUUUUGUUUUUCUUUGCAUUCUUUCUUCUCGCCUUCUGUCUGCUCCCUGCUUAGCCCUCGGUUUUUUCAUUCCUCCGGAGUUCUCCUGGAGCAGCCCUUGUUGUUAGUUGGCUGCCUGGGGAAUUUCUGAUGACUGUAGUUCUUAGUUAGCUCUUAGCAAUCAAACCAAAUCAGUGAUUCCCUUGAUUCUCCUUUGUGUAUAUGUGUUUGUGUGUGUGAUUGUAUAUGUGUGCACAUGUGUGCGUGGGUUUGGGGUAGAGGGGAGGGAGGGGGCAAGACAGUGUGGAAUCUCGAAGGCAUAUUGGAAGGUAAGGGGCACAGUUAGUUCUGAUAGGCCUUUAUGUUUAGAACCUCUGGGAGUGAAUAUAAGUGUCACCCCCUCAGUCAUCCAGCCUAGACACUUAGCCCUGAGAGUGUCUGCUUCCUGGGGACCACCCAGAGGAAGGUGGCCACGCUACCAUCUGCCCUGGAGCUGGUCUCAGUGGAGAGGGAAAAUGACUUAGUGGGUGGCUGCAGCCUCUGGGGGCGUGGGGAUGGAGGAUGGAAUUGAUACACAUAAAGGACUUAGGGGGGCUUCGGGGAACUCUGAAGGAGGUCAGUCGUGCCGGGGUGAAGCCAGACAGUAGGACAGGGCCAUGUGUGGGAGGAGACUCCAAGCAGGAUGCCGCAGGAACCCUGGCUGUUGAUGACAUAGGAAUGGGGUGGGGUUGGGGGGUAGUUAUUGCUGACUGAGCUGCUGAUUCUCAUGAAAGACAUUCAGACUCAUGUGUCGGGUUGACAUUGGGGGUGGGGGAUCCAGCUCAUUUUUUUUUUUUCCAAGUUCAUGCUUGGGGCUGGAGGGAAAGGAGGAGAACAGCCCCUCCCCUAACUUAGUUGAUGCUGAGCUUUCCUUUUGAUGCUGGCAGGGGAGGGUGGGACCUGGGCUGGCGACUCAGUUCUGAUAUGAAACCCUUCAGUGGGCACAGGUCGAGUGCUUGAUUUAGGUUUUAUUUUUUUAUGAAUGUCCAAAUCUGUGUUUGGAAGUGUCUGGUUUGUGUUCAUCUCCCUCGUUUCUGGAGCAGGGCUGAGGCCCUGCCACAUCUCUGCUCUGCAUCCACGCCUCUUGGACAUUAAAGGUCGAUUGAUGCACCUCUGA